AUGCGCACCAAGAGGGGCCCUAUCCCCGCUCUCACUGGGCCCUCUGGCCAACCAGCUGGGACGUCCGAUCGAGUUUCCCGGGCGAAAGUCCUGAUCCCGCGAGAUCGGUCCCGGAUCGUACUAUCUAGCUCCCGCAUACGCACCUCACGUGCCUGCGAUCCGUGUAGGCAACGCAAAGCUAAGUGCAAUGGUGGCAGGCCAGCUUGUAUCCAGUGCGAUGGCUUGGCUCUGGAAUGCACCUAUUCCGAACAGAAACGCACACUCGAGCAAAAAGAGCUCACCCUACUGCGGAGCACCAUCCGACGCCAUGAACGAAUGAUCCAGCUCAUCUCCUCUCGACCCACAAACCAGGACAAUGAUCCAGAUCCGGGCUUCCCCUCGGACUCAACCCCAUCGCAAGGGGAAACCAUGGAGAUAGUCCCAGUGGCUCCACCAUCUCGGGAGGAGAAGCCCCCAUCCGUGGAGCCUCACUACCCCGAAACCUUAGACCAAGCCCUAGGAGUCCUUCAGGGGCAGCUUCGGGACCUGCAUCAGAUUUACCAGGUCGUUCAUGAUUGUGAUCCGGCAGUCUUGCCCUCCGUGGUGGAGACCAUCCGGCGGAGCGCAUCCGUUCACGAUGCGGCCAUGCAUCUCGACCAGCAGGUGUCGACGCAACGGCCCGGAGUCACCCUUGGCAGGGUGCAGCGGGCCUGGCUGAAUCGACUCUCUGGAAAAGCGGAGCUGGUGUGUCGACAUACCCCGUAUACGGUCACGGCAGCGGAGAAGUGGACAUCUGUCGUUGAUAGUGCGGUGGCCUCGCAUCUGUUUUCGCUCUUCUUCGUCUGGGACAAUCCUACCUGGCAUUUGAUCGAGCCCAGUGUGUUCCUCGCCGACUUUCAAUCCGGAAGAACACAAUUUUGCUCCUCAUUGCUGGUGCACGCCAUCCUCUUCUUUGCGUGUCACUAUUCAUACGACCUGGAGAAACCAUGGGACAGGAGAGAGGAAAUGUCCAUUGCCAAGAGACUGUUCCGAGAGAUCGGUCGUCUCUGGCAGCGGGACAAGGACAAUGUAUGUCUAACCACCGUUCAAGCCAGCUUAAUUCUAGGACUGUUUUUCAAUGCGUCUGGGAAGGACAAAAUCGGAACGCAAUACAUCUACUAUGGUGGCCAAAUGGCGUUGCAGCUGGGGUUGCAUCUUCCUUCCUCGGCUGUCUUCCACAGCGAUUCGAUGGCGGAAGCGAAGCGAAAUCAUUGGGCACAUAAGCUCAUUGCCUGCGGGAUCUACGAUGUACAAUCAAUAACAAUGCAAUUGGGGCGCAAACCAUCACCCUGGAAAGCACCCCCCGAGAACUACCUCUCGCAGGAAGAAGCCUUGCUUUCAGAUGUAAACCAGCAAUGGGCACCUUAUCCGUUCACCUAUCCGACAUUCAAGCCCUACGCCAAUACAGGGGUCUUCGUCCGCCGCAACCUCCUGAUCCUUGUUAAUGAUAUUUCGAGCUUCGAGGCGCAGAUGCCUCCCCGCGUCGAUCUUCCGAGCUGGCAACAAGGCACUCUAAUCCACGAGAAGUUACUCACAUUCGAAAGGACACUGCCACUUGUGCUUGGGAUAGGAAGAAAUAAAACCCCCCACAAUUUAUGCCUCCAUCUAUAUUAUCACAUGACUGUGGUCAAUCUCUGCGGGCUUUUCAAUUCCCGAGAAGCCACUACGACCAAGGAAACCAUUAUUGCCGUUACACAGUUCGACCCGCAGCAAGUCUUAGAAGAUGCCAUGGAUGCCAUGGCAACGAUCAUCUUGAUGUACCGUGUUUGCCACGGGUGGAAAUCCAUACCAGUGGUCAUGGUCCACUACUUUUUUGUUAUUGGGCUGCAUGCUGCGUCUAAUCUGCGAUCUUCAAAGUGGCGUGAAGUGCUAGUGAGCUGCGUGUCAGGUCUUUGGCACAUGGGUCUCGCGUGGCGAAUAUGUCGACCAUUUUUGCGCACGAUCCAGUUGGUGUUGAGCACCGGCGCCGACGAAACGUUGAUUCCCGUCGAGGCGCAGUCCAUCUUGCGGGAAUUUAACGAAAAGCUGUGGACUCAGCAAGAAGCUCAUUCGGUUUCCGCUAACUACGUUGUCCAUCAUCACCAUCCGACGAGGGAUGGACUUAGGGGCGGCGCCUUCCAAGGAGAAACCUUGGAGAACCUGAUCCGAGCCUUUGAUCGGCUCAGCACAGCGGAUGAUCAGGUAAGCGUGGCCGCAACCUGA